AUGACACCACCAAGACCGUGGCAAGAGAUUGCGGCCGAGAAAAAGGCCCAACAAGAAUCUCGUAUCCCUGCGUCUUGGAAGUUACAGCUCAACGACAUCCCCGGCGACGAUGUGCGAGACUUGCGCCCUGUUGUCGAGACGUGUGGCAUUCUCUCCCAGCGCGAGCUGCAGAUCACCGGCGCCUACGAUGCGACUGCGUUGGCGGAGCAAAUUGCGAAAGGCGUCUACUCGGCUGAAGAAGUCGCCGUUGCAUUCUGCAAGCGGGCGGCGGUGGGGCAGCAGCUAUGCAACAACUUGACCGAGAUCAUGUUUCUCGAUGCCAUUGCAGACGCGAAGAAGUUGGAUGCGCACUUCAAGGAAACGGGGAAGGUAGUGGGUUCAUUACACGGGGUCCCGAUGACUUUCAAGGAAUGUUUCCAUGUCAAAGGAUACGACUGGACAGAUGGUUAUAUUUCCCGCGCCUUCCAACCCUCGACUUACGACAGCUACUUGAUUGAAAUUGUGCGCAAUGCCGGGGCCGUCGUGAUUGCGAAGACGAAUAACCCCCAGACCAUGUUGGUGGCCGAGUCGGACAACAAUGUCUUUGGGCGAUCCAAGAAUCCGGUUGUAUCACACUUGACCUGCGGUGGAAGUAGUGGUGGCGAGGGUGCAGCGCAGGCUUUCCGGUCCAGUGCGCUGGGAAUUGGCACCGAUGUUGCAGGCUCCAUCCGGGUCCCAUGCGCUUUGAACGGCUGCUAUGGAUACAAACCAAGCUACGGUCUCCUUCCCCUCCUCAAGUACGCCCAUUCCAACUGGCCUGGCCUGAACAGCGGCGUGCCGGCUGUGUGUGGCCCCAUGGGUCACUCCAUGCGUGAUAUAACCCUCCUCACACGCGUUGUCCGCGCCGCCGAACCCUGGCUGCAAGACCCAGCAAUCAUGCCCACGUUCUUUGAGCAGGGCACCACCUCUCGUAAGCCCGUCGUCGGCGUCAUCUACAAGAGUGGCCUAACCCCGCAACCGCCCAUCCAACGCGCCCUACAGUCGGCCGUGGCCAAGCUCGAGGCCGCCGGCUUCGUCGUGAAGCCCUUCACACCGCCCGACUUUGCCGACAUUCGCGAGAUCACCUCGCAACUCUUUACUGCUGACGGCCUCUCGUAUGCCAAGGGCGAGUUGGCCAAGGCGGGGGAGCCACCGGUGCCCAGCGUGUUUGGCAUCGGUUUCUGGGACCGUGAGCCGAAGUCCGCCGAAGAAAUGUGGAAGUGGAAUGCCAAGAAGAUUGAGUACCAGAAGGAGAUGCUGGACAAGUGGCGUGAGGCUGGGAUUGAUGUCGUUUUGUGCCCUGCCGCGCCUCAUACUGCGGUCAAGCCAGGCGAGAUGAAGAAUGAGAUGUACACAGUAGUGUGGAAUGCUGUUGAUUAUCCUGCGGUCAUCCUGCCUUAUGGGACGGUCGACCCUGCCAAGGACCCGAAAGAGUUCGUCUUUGAGCCAAUGUCCGAACUUGACAAAGAACUGGGAGCUUUAUACGAUGUUGAACUCAUGGCCGGUGCACCGAUUGCUCUACAACUUGCUGGACCAAGGCUUGGUGAUGAGCAGCUACUCCGCGAUGCUGAGAUCAUUGACAGUGUUCUGAACAACUGA